AUGUCACUGCUUCUCCUUCAGCUGCUAGUGCUCUUAUGUCUUGGGGCCACAGAGUCACACGGAGAUUCAGCACAAAGGAAAACCAGAAGGCCAUUUCAGCACUAUCUCUACCUGGACAAAAAUCUGCUUCAAAGUCAGAGUUUUCGUGAGCUGGUAGGGGGAGAACCAAGGGGUGUUGAGGAAACCGUGGGAGAACCAAGCUUUUUUGUAGCAAUUCCACAGACAGCAUCUGAAAGUGAGCAGCAAAGGGAGAAAAAAACGUCCAGAUUCAUCCUUCCCAGUGCAGAACUCCACGCAGACCAAGACCUGAGAACCUGGGCAGCACCCAGACAGACCCCUCCUGUGGAAAGCUUCUCUCCUUUUCAGUACUCCAGCAGGAGGGAGGCUGAAACUCCCUAUAGAAAAGAUGCCAAGAAAUUUUGGGACCACUUCAUGUUAAAGAAAAAUUCAGCAUCAGAAGAAGUUGUCCUGCCAAUCAAGACCAAUGAGAUGCACCAAGAAAGCUGUAGAACCCUGCCUUUUUCCCAGAGUGUCACUCAUGAGAGCUGUGAGAAGGUGAUGGUACAGAAUAAUCUGUGUUUUGGCAAAUGCAGUUCCUUCCAUGUUCCUGGUCCAGAAGAUCGUCUUUAUACCUUUUGUUUGCACUGCUUGCCCAGCAAGUUCUCCAUGAAGCGCUUGGAUCUCAACUGCACCAGUUCUGUCCCAGUGGUCAAAGAAGUCAUGAUCGUAGAAGAAUGUAAAUGUGAGACUCAAAAGAUGACAGACCCUGCAACUGCAUCUCUACUGUCAGACAUACAUGCAAGUAUACAGGAACACAAUUAA